GCUGGGUUGUGGGGCAUGCGCAGUGCCGUGUUGGUGGCAGGUUACUGCAGGUCAGAACGGCGUGCGGCGCCGAGUCCAAAUACACGGUUAUGUCUGACUCCGAGGACUACUCCUCCUCUGACGACGAAGAUUACGUCCCCUCUGGGGGAGAAUACAGUGAAGACGAUGUGAAUGAAUUGGAGAAGGAAGAGGACGGUGAUGAUGAAGAGCAAGAAGGUGGAGGGAAAAAAGAAUCGUGCAAAAAGAAGGAUAAGAAUUCUGUUUUAGCAAGAAAACGGAAGAAAGGUGUGCUGUCCCUGAACUUAGAAGAAGGCCCCGGGGAGAAGGAGGACGAAGAUGAUAGCCCAGAGGAGGACGAUAUAGGGACAUUUGAUGAGUUGAAAAAAAAGAAAUUGGAAGAGGCAAAAAAGAAAAGAGAAGAAGAGCUGUGGUCAAGUUUUCUUUCUGAUGUUGGAAAGCCACCAAAAAAUCAACCUACUGUUCCUGUAGCCCAGAAUAACCAGAAGGAGGUAGAAGCAAAGAAGAAAGAUGUCACCCAGUCUUCAAAGGAGGAUUCCGAGAGAGAGAACAGCUCCAAAAAACUCACCAUUACCAAAGUGUUUGAUUUCGCUGGGGAAGAAGUCCGGGUAACAAAAGAAGUGGAUUGCUCAUCCAGGGAAGCCAAGGAAUUUAUCAAGCAGCAAGAGAAAGGACAAUUGGAACAGAGUCUGCCACCUUCAAGGACAGUCGCAGCAGCCAGUUCAGGUGUGAAAAGACCUGCUGGGAUUGGCAGCAUACUUGGAACAUUAGGCUCCAAAAAGCAGAAGAUGAGCACACUGGAGAAAUCCAAGCUGGACUGGGAAUCUUUUAAAGACCAAGAGGGGAUUGUAGAUGAAUUGGCUCACCACAAUAGGGGCAAGGAUGGCUACAUUGAAAGGAAAGCCUUCUUAGAGCGAGUAGAUUAUCGUCAAUUCGAACUUGAGAGAGAAAUCAGACUAAAAAAUAUGAAGCCAUAACAGUUAUCAUCUUACUGUGAAAGAAGUUCCAUGGAUACGGUCGGGUUGUCAGAGUGCCAUCACAGAAGAAAACAGACAUCACUCUGAAAGUCUGUAUAUUUGAACUGUAAUAUGAAAAUUGAAAUUCUUUUAAAUGU